AUGUGCAGAGCUACAGUGGUACGGCGAAUCAGUGACAAAGCCAGUCUGGUGAAGAAAAAUUUAAAAGAAGCCAUGGAUAAAGUUGAACAUGUUGCAACAACUACGGAUUGCUGGAGUGCUCAUGGCCGUUCAUUCAUUGGUGUAACUGGACAUUGGAUUGAUCCCGAGACUUUGGAGAGAAAAAGUUGUGUUCUUGCUUGUCGGCGUCUCAAAGGUAAACACACAUAUGAUGUACUUGCUAGCCAGUUGGAAGACAUUCAUAUUGAAUUUGAAAUAAGAUCCAAAGUUUCUAAAACCACAACAGACAAUGGAUCAAACUUCGUAAAAGCCUUCUCUGUUUUUGCUGAACAAGAACAAGACAAUCAUGAUGAUCCAGAUAAAGAUGAAGAGUGUCAGUUUGAAGAUGUUUUUGAUGAUUAA